AUGGCCACCUUGUUCUUAGCUUUGUGCUUUGUGCUUCUCAUCUUGGAAACCCUCAUUGGGACAGUAGCAAAUGGAUUUAUUGUCCUCGUCAAUUGCAUUGACUGGUUCAGAAGCAAGAAACUAUCCCCCACUGACUUGAUCCUGGUCUGUCUUGGCUUAUCCAGAUUAAUGUGGCAGGCACUAGUCAUGCUGCACGUAACUAUGGUGUCCUUUUUUUUGCACACCUAUCUAUCGGAACCGGUACAUUUAAGCGUUGUUAUCGUGUGGUCCUUUACAGUAACUGUCAAUCUUUGGUUUGCUGCUUGUCUUGGUGUUUGGUAUUUAAUGAAGAUUGCUAUCUUCUCCCACCCUCUUUUCCUCCAAGUGAAGCAAAGAUUCUCAAGCCUGAUCCCAUGGCUGCUUUUUGGCUCAGUAGUUUUCUCUGCUUUGAUUACUAUUAUUGCCUUCGCAAGACCUAUCAGUGACUUAGCCAUUUGUGAUCCCUACUUCUUACUUUUGAAUAAUAGCUACGAUUCAGAAAUUCUGGAGUCUCGCACUUGUAUGGAACUAGUCAUUUCACGUAUUGUUCCAAAUGUCAUCCCUUCUGUGAUAUUUUUGUCAUCCACAAUCUUGUUAAUAAUAUCUCUGUGGAAGCACACAAGACAUUUGCAGCACAAUGGAAUUGGAGUCAGGGAUCUCAACACCAAUGUUCAUUUAAGUGCCAUCAAAGCUCUGGUUUCCUUUGCUGUUUUGUACCUCUCCAGUUGGCUAGCCAUCAGUUUACAAACAAUAUUGCAUUGGAGAAGAAGCAAUGGUUCUUGGGCACCUUUAUUUUCCCGAAAUAUCAGUGCUGCGUAUCCCUCUGGGCAUGCUGUUAUCCUGAUAUUAAUCAAUCCCAAACUGAAACAGGCAUGGGUCAGGAUGAUACAUCGCGUAAAAUGUCAUGUGAGUGAACCACCAUCUUAA